AUGAGCGACCACGAGGAGCGCAAGAUCGAGCUCCUCGACCUUCCCGGAGAGCUGCUAAGCCAGAUAGCUGGCCUGUUCAUGGAUGUGCUGGUCCGGGCGUCGCCCCGAUGGAUAUUGGAGCGAUUUGAGAUAGGCAGGUGGCGAGAUCACGUCUGGGAGGAGGCCUUCAGACGCCGCUUUCUUCCUAGCUGGGUGCGAUACAAGAACGCAGACGACAGCUGGCGAGCAGCAUAUCUACGUGUACUGGGUCGCCUGGAGCACCGCUCGGUUGGAUGCGCCCACCACGAAUCAUGGACAAGCAACCACGCUCACUAUCCGACCGAUGUGAGAGUUGUGCUACACCUGCAGGACGUUCGCAUCCUUGCUCUCGGUGUGCUCGUCGAGCGUCCCUCAUGGUGUGCCAACGAUAGCGCUCAUCUUGUUCUUCACCCUCCCAUGCUUCGCCGACUGCACACGACGCCCAGGUCGCCCAGAGCACCUCCCAGGCUUCCCCGAACAACAUCGGCCCCAGACGAACAGCACAACUUCAUACCUUUAGUACGAUCUACUACUGGAUCGUCGGCUCCGAAUCCGCCAAGCAUAGCUACUUCCUCGCCACCCUCGCGUCCCCCUGCACUGAGCAGCAGCCCUUCCCUGUUUGGCUCAUUUGGCGAUUGGAUGGGGAGAGCCAGGCGGCUGUCAUUGCACGCUGAGCCUGAGAACGGACCCAGUCAGCCUCGAGCAGGAGAUCGAGAACGACGGUGGUCGCUGCCGAGCCUCACACGCUCACGGAGCCAUCCGAAUGAACCCACUGGAGAGCCGCAUGAGGCAUCGUCAUCCGCCGCGGAUCAAGCAUAUCAGCCUCCAGACCCUCACGCCUCCUCGCCUUUGUUUGCGAUUCACGGUGCAUCACCGCGCGUACCAACUCUCCAGCUGAUGCCGGCUCUGCCGGAAGACCACACGCCGCCGACUCCUCCCACGCCUUCCCCGCCACCCCAGCUCCGCGUUCAGCGUCCGUACACGCCUUUGACCCACCCAACACCAGCGUAUUCGCAUCGCCUCUAUCCCAACUUCACGCCGUACGAGUCCGAGUGGCUGCGGACCACGUCAUACUCGGUUGACCGGCUCAACCCUGGCUUAGGUGUGACGCCGGAUGACGACCCGGUGCUGCGAGUCCGGGACUUCAGAGCCGACCACGAAGAGACGUCAGAGAUCGGCGAGACAUCGUCGGGCAAGGCGAUGUGGGGAACGGAGGGAAUGAAGGUGACUGAGCCAUUGCACAGGAAGCUGACGGACAGACUGGUCGCCCAACUCUUCCCGGGGACUCGAAACGAAGCGGCACCGCCAGGUGUGCCCCGCGACGCCGCCGUCGAGGGUGCUUUGGUCGACCUCGGGCCACGGGGGCAGUAUGCGAGUUUGGGUUGGGAAGACCUCGAAGUGCUGCUGCCGUGGGUCAAGCUAAAGUCGCCGGGGCACGACGACCACGACGGACGCCGUUCCGGCUGGGGCUUUGAGGCCGGUACAGAGAUAUAG